CCUGGCGAGAGGUUUCUUUCCAAACUUGUUCCCUGGCUUCCAAGUGACGAAACCAGCUGUAAUUUGAGAGCAGAGAGAUCCUCAGGAUAUCAUUAGCCAAAGGAAAAGCUCCGCAUUCCCACCCAGUGCAGAGGUUGAAAUAGUAUCAGAAGGCCAGAGUCUUUCCCUCCAGCCACAGGCUCCAUCUUUCAGGAGCAAGGGGGAACUCUGAGAGAGAGAGAGUGGGGCAGCAGAGCCCGCGGCCUGCCAGCGCCCUGGAAGAGGGCUUCCCUCUCCUGCCCUCGAUCCCGCUGGAUUGACCCGGCUGAGUUCCAGCCCAGAGCGCAGGAGCGCAGAGCCGGGGCGCCUCCUGCGCUACCCAGGCGCUGGUGACAGCCACAUGAAGCCUGCUGGGGAGGCGGGGCCAGGGUGCAGCAAGCCGGCGGGGACCGAGGCUGUGGCCGUCUUAGGGAGGCACUGACUGCCGAGGGGACCCCCUCCCCUCUAUCGUGCCUGGGCGAACAGUCUUCUCCAGGGGUCCCCUGUCAUCCUGCCUAUCCAGGAUGGUGCUGCUGAAGUUCCUCUGGAUGGGUUUCUUCUGCCACCUGUGUCAGGGCUACUUCGAUGGCCCUCUGUAUCCGGAGAUGUCCAAUGGGACCCUGCACCACUAUUUCGUGCCCGACGGGGACUAUGAAGAAAAUGAUGACCCCGAGAAGUGCCAGCUGCUCUUCAGGGUGAGUGACCACCGGCGCUGCUCCCAGGGGGAGGGGAGCCAGGCCAGCAGUCUGCUGAGCCUCAGCCUUCGGGAGGAGUUCACCGUGCUGGGCCGCCAGGUGGAGGAUGCUGGGCGUGUCCUAGAGGGCAUCAGCAAGAGCAUCUCCUACGACCUGGACGGGGAAGAGAGCUAUGGCAAGUACCUGCGGCGGGAGUCCCACCAGAUCGGGGACGCCUACUCCAACUCGGACAAGUCCCUCACUGAGCUGGAAAGCAAGUUUAAGCAGGGCCAGGAACAGGACAGCCGGCAAGAGAGCAGGCUCAACGAGGACUUCUUGGGGAUGCUGGUCCACACCAGGUCCCUGCUAAAGGAAACACUCGACAUCUCUGUGGGGCUCAGGGACAAAUACGAGCUGCUGGCCCUCACCAUCCGGAGCCAUGGGACCCGGCUGGGUCGGCUGAAAAAUGAUUAUCUUAAAGUGUAGGUGUGAGGGCGCUCUGCCUGGGAGAGGGCAUCAAAUCAGCCCCGUUGUGGAGGGUGGGGACAGAAGACGGGGCUAACGUCUCCCUUAUACUUAUUAUUUUUUCUAUCUGGAUUUGCACUUGGAGAAUCAUCUGAAGUGAUCUUUAAAAAGAAAUAAGCGAGGGCCGAGCUGUUUUGUUUUUGUACAUUAUUUAUGGGAUUGCUAUUGACUUGUUACUUGGAAAGACUGAUUUAAAGCCAUGCCUCCCGCCUUUCUUAGAGGACUUUCUAACUCUGCACAGACACCUGUUUCCGCCACGUCUAGAAGGACACGGUUUAUGCAGGAGGGAGUGAUUAACCUUCCCCAUCCUGGAGAAAAUACCCAGAGAGCAGAGCACAUGGUUCCUUUUCACCUUCAGCCUUCCCUCUUGGGCUUUGAAAGCUGUCAGUUGUCUGAGGUGCUGUGCGGCCUGCCUGCCAGCGGACGCCUGUUUCUCCUCUUUUUCUCUCUUAAUUUAUUAACCGUGGUCUUCAAGGUUUUGUUUUUAGUUUUUUGGGUUUUUGUGGGGGGUUUUGUAAGAGUAUUGGCUGGAAGCUAUAUGCAAAUAGUCCUUUGCAGGGAGACGUUUGAGGUGCCUCUGUGAGUGUGUGUAAGCUGAAAUGGCCACAUUGAGGAAGUGCAAGCUUUGUGGGGGGUACACACUCACGUCGCUAAGCUGACUUGCUGUGUCUCUCACUGUAUGCCUGUGUCCUCAGGGCUACAGUCCAUUAAAAAAAAAGUCGAUUGUUUGAACACACCCCCAAAUGCCUAUGUUGUAGCUUACCAAUGUAUUCGUUCUGGUUUGGGGGUUUUCUUCUGUUUGCUUACUGGAAACUGUACUUCAAGUAGGGGGGGAUUCUAAUUCUAAUAACUCCUGAACUAAGUUUUAUUAUUCAGCCAAUAAAUAUGUUCUCGUGUAAUGCUGGCUUAUUUUCUAAUUGAUAUCCAUAACUUUUGUAUUGCAAAGAGGAGUCAGUGCAAGAGGAAAGAGAAGGGUGGGAUUUAAGCCAGUUUACUCAAAGUAUGUGAUAAAGAAGGAGAGGGAUGGCUAUGUAGUUGGCAAUCCUCCCUACCCUGGCCACCCUUACCCAUGUUCAAAAGAAAAAAAUCUGGGUCUUGCCAGAAGUUGAUCUCUGCUGGUCUGCCUAAAAACUCCAAUUUUUCCAGUUUUUUCUGCAGCAUCAACUGGAAAAGUUGAUGACAAGGCUCAUAAGUUUUAUGCCCUCAGAAUGCAGAGGGAGGGCUCCAUUCUCAGUUCUAGGAACUGUAAUGAUGUUUAAUAAUUAUGAAGCCAGGUCUAUGUCAUUGAUCAAUGACUUUAAAAGGUGGAAAUGCACUUUAUUUCAUGUCUUUCCCCAGCCCCUCACUCUCAUCUUAAAUAUGCUUUCCUUUCACACACACACACACACACACACACACACA